UGGUUUUGCAAAACGAGAGAGGAUGAGCAUAAACUCAUAGCUAAAAUGGCGAAUCUCGUGCAGGAGACCUUUUCAUGCAUUCGAACUGUCAUUGCAUUUUCGGCGCAGAAACAGACAAUUAAUAAGUACGAAAGGUUGACUAUAGAGCAUAACAGAAUGACUGAACAACGUCUCACAGCUUCAUCAAUAUAUGAUGCUUUGGCUCAGGUUUUACUAACUGAAAUCAUAUUUACUGGUGCGCUUUGUUAUGGAAUGUGGCGAGUAGAAGAUAAGAAGUCAGGACGCCUCACAGCGCUUGCAAUAAAUAUGCUAUAUAUGUGUGUGACAUCGAUAAGUAUUGGUUUUCAUUUAACUGGAGCAUCGACAGCUCGCACCAGUGCUAAUGAAAUGAACACAAUUUUGGAAGAAACACCGAAUAUCGAAUGCAAUGUGAAUCGACAUAAAGAGAGUAUGAUGAAACCAAAGGGAAAAGGCGCUAUCGUCUUUUCUAAUAUACGUUUUGCAUACCCAACUCGACCUGAUAUUGAAGUCCUUCGUGGUGUUUCAUUUACGGUGAGAACUGGAGAACAUAUUGCAAUAGUCGGUCCAAGUGGUUCAGGAAAAAGCACUCUCACUGCAUUGAUACUCAGAUUUUACGACCCGAACAGUGGCUCAGUGACACUUGAUGGCGUUAAUUUGAAGCGCUUGAAUCCUGAUAAUUUGCGCGCUCAACUGGGACUAGUUAGCCAAGAACCAGUUUUAUUUGAUGGUACCAUCAGUGACAAUAUUCGCUACGGAAGACUGGACGCAACUCAAACUGAAAUAAACGAAGCAGCAAGAAAAGCAGAAGCAUGGCAAUUCAUUUGUGCCUUACCUGAAGGAAUGAAAACAAGAGUAGGCGAUCGAGGGCUGCAACUCUCAGGAGGUCAAAAGCAACGUGUUGCAAUAGCUCGAGCUGUGAUCCGCAACCCGUCAGUGAUGAUUUUCGAUGAAGCAACAUCAGCCCUGGACAAUAAACACGAAGUUGAAGUGCAGAAAGCUAUUGAUGCUGCAAGUCAGGGUGUUACUACUAUAACAAUUUCACAUAGGCUAAGUACAGUGCGAAAUUCAGACAGGAUAAUUGUUUUGGAAAGUGGAUUAAUUGUUGAAGAAGGCACUCCCGAAGAACUACUAGCCAAACGUGACGGAAAGUUUUUCCGGAUGUACAAUGACCAAAAACUUGAUUCACUUUCAGUUAUUCCAAAGGCAAAGGCAAAAGCUUCACUAGCAGCUCAUUUCUCUAUGGCACCAGCUGAUUUUAUGGAUCCUGAGACAUACCGUCGAGCAUGGGCUAGAUCAUCACUCGGUGCUCAUAAACGGUUAGGAAAAUCCUAUUCCGUGUUGAGCACCGAUCGUGCCAAAUUGGCAUUGCCUGUAAUGUCUAAAAAACGCAGUGUCAUGGAUACACCAUUGAAGACCAAUAUUAUGGAAGUUGCUAUGGAUGACAAGAGUUUUGAUGACGAAUUUGCUCUCCCUGGAAAAGACACUAAUUUCAAUGCUGUAUGGAAUUUGAUUAAAAGUUAUAAGGGAGGCUAUGCUCACUUGGCUAUUGCGAUACCAGUUACAAUCUUGCGCGGUUUCUUCUUUCUCUUAGUCUGUUUCGAAGUCGCAUCUGUUCUCGAAAUUGCAACAGUACCUGAGGAAGAAAAGUCACAGCAAGUUUUUAUAACGGCGGCUGUAUACACAGCACUCAUUAUAAUUAAAACAAUGUUUGAAGCAGUUGGGAGAUUAUUUAUUGCUUUAUAUGGGCAUGGCUUCUGUGCGUAUUUAAGAAGUGAAAUGUUUCGACGAAUUUUACGCCAUGGAGCGGCAUAUUUCGAUGAGGAAACCAAUUCUCCGGGAAGAUUAGUGCACAAACUUAUGUCCGAUACUACAAGUUUAAAUAGGAUCUUGGGUGAAAAGCUUGAUCUUCUACUUCCUGCUAUGAUAUGUUCAAUUGUUUCGGUGUCUGUCGCGAUUUUUAUAAACUGGAAAUUGGCUGUUUUAUGCGGCUUCCAAUUCCCAGCCUUCUUUUUAUUUCGACUGGUAGAGUUACGUGAGACCAGUAAACGGCAACGACAAAUGGCCGAACAAGAGAAAAAGGCAACAAAUCUAGCAACUAUUGUACUUUCAAAUAUGAGCACAAUAAAAGCCUAUACUCUUCAGGAGCAUUUUAAUCAAAUUUUUUGUGAUGCUCUCAAACCUCUUCAAAAAACAAUGAAACGGCAGUCCUGUGUCAGUUCAUUUGUGUUCGCGUGUCAGUUUAGUUUUGCUUAUAUUCUUAUUGCUGUUACACUUCACUUUGGUAAAGUAAUGAUGUUAAGCAAUGAAAUUUCGCCAUUUAAUUAUAUUAGAGUUGUAUUGCUAACACAAUUUGGUGCGAAUUUCAUAAGUCAACUUAUUGCAUCAAUAAGUAAUUUAUCAAAAGCUCGAGUUGCGGCAGAGAAUAUUGUUAAUGUUAUCAAGGAGAAUGCUGUUGAUAUGAAUAACUUAAGUGAUGAAGGGUUGAGACCGAAAAUAACGGGAAGAUUGGCAUUAAAAAAUGUGGAAUUUCGGUAUCCUUCGAGACCUAUAUUACCAGUGCUCAAAAAUCUCAAUAUUAAGGUGAGGCCAGGUGAGUCAAUUGCUAUUGUUGGACCAUCGGGGUGUGGGAAAAGCUCAAUUUUGUCUUUAUUUCAACGAAUGUAUAAUCCUACAAAUGGUGAAGUGCUUAUUGAUAACCAUAACGUAAAGUCAAUAAAUCCUGCUUAUUUGAGAAGGGUCGUUGUAUCAGUUGGACAAGAACCAACGCUCUUUUCAUUCACUAUUCGUGAGAAUAUCGCAUACGGGUUGCCUGAUGAUGAAGCAACAGAAGAAAAAAUAACCAAAGCAGCAGAAAUCGCCAAUAUCCAUGAUUUUAUUUUAUCAUUACCUCAAGGAUACAACACAGAAGUUGGAGAAUUUGGGGCACAACUGUCCGGAGGGCAAAAACAGCGAAUCGCAAUAGCUCGUGCCAUUAUACGCGAGCCUAGAAUUCUUUUGUUAGAUGAAGCUACAGCAGCACUUGAUACCGCCAGAACCCACCAAGAAUUAAUGAAAGCUAAAGGAAUUUAUUACGAGAUGAACCAGCAGGAAAUUGAUUAA